AUGUCUCGAACAACGAAUGGCCAUCUGAAUCGCAAUCUCAGCGACAGCAAUGGCGCGCAAAAUUCUGACAACCGACCGCUUUUGCGCUCGUUCCCGAGGCCGAGUGGGUAUGGCACGCAGUACUUGACCGGAAGCGAUGAAGGCAACGAUGCAUCGACGAGCGAGAAGGUGAAGGACUACCUGAUGGCAGAUGUUGCGGUACGAUGGGCGGAUCUCGUGCUGGUGGUGUGCUUCUUCGUCUCAGGCGUGAUUGACGCUGGGGCUUACAACGCUUAUGAGAAUUUCGCGAGUAUGCAGACCGGCAACACAGUCUUCGCGGCCCUCGGCGCCUCCAACCUCCCCAAAGGCGCCCCGCGACUCGCCUGGACCAAAUCCGUCUGCUCCAUCCUCAGCUACAUCCUCGGAUCCGGCCUCAUCGCCACCUUCCACCGCGCUUUUGGUGAUCGCAAACGCUGGGUCUUCGCCGUCUCCUUCCUCUUCCAAGGGAUUCUCGUCGUCAUCUCCGCCGUCCUCGUCUCGCGCGGCAGCAGUUCCGGCUCGCCUGGUAGCAACGACCCUGGCGCCUUGAUGGCGAUACCCGCAGAUCCAGGUUUCCGCUGGGCAGAUCUCAUUCCCAUCGGAUUGCUUAGCUUUCAAGCUGCUGGGAAGGUGGUUGCGAGCAGGAUGCUGGACUACAACGCCAUGCCUUGCGUGGUGCUUACGACGCUGUACACGGAUCUGGCGUCGGAUCCUGGGCUGUUCACUGCAGGCUUGACUGGUAACGUGAACAGAAAUCGGAGAGCUGGAGGAGCGGUGUUCUAUUUUCUUGGGGCGGUGGUGGGAGGGGCUGCGGCGGCGCAUUCGAUUGGGUUUUCCGGGGCGUUGUGGAUUGCGGCGGGUGUGCAUUUGGGUAUUGUUAUUUGUUGGAUGCUUUGGCGGGCUGAGGAAGAAGGGAAGGGUGAGGAGGAGGCACAAGAAAUAUGA